CAAUGGCAGCCGCCUCGAGCACGAUCUUCCUUCGCCCUUUGCGGCGGCUUUUCGAACGUGCUCUGGAUUCGGGGACGUAUGCCUGCUAUUACCGGAGUGUUUCCCUCGGUGUUCCGAGUUGGACCGCGCUGUUGCCCGCGGCGGCGGCGGCCGGAAGCGCGGCGAGCCGCUGGAAGCUGUUCGGCGCCGUGUGUCUGCAGAGGUUACCUGUGCUGUCCCAGAAACCGACCCCCCUCGAGGAGCGGUUCGGGGAGCUCGUGCACCAGCUCGACCUGGAGAACAGCCUGUACUCUGAUCAUGAGCUCAGGCUGCAGGAGGAGGCCGAACGUAUGAGCCGCAAGAAGGAUGACUACGACUCGGACGAAGAGGAUUCUGCCCAUCAGGACAUUAUCACAGCUGAAGACCUGGAGGACUCCUGGGAACAGAGGCUGAAGAAGGUCCGGACUUCCUUAGUGUUUCAAGAGAUGGAUGAGAAGAACUUGAGCUGUGUGGAUCGCUGCCUGUCGGACAACCUCAUGCUGCUGGCUAAGCAGCGCGUGGGUGAGGAGGACCUGUGGCUUCUGCCUCAGCAGCCGUGGGAGGCUGGGGAAACCCUUCGUCAGACAGCAGAACGGGCUCUCGCCUCCCUGCCAGGUGCUGACUUUAAGGCAACAUUCCUGGGUAAUGUUCCAUGUGGAGUUUAUAAGUAUAAAUUUCCCAAGGACAUCCGAACAGAGAGCUGUGUCGGUGCCAAGGUAUUUUUCUUCAAAGCGCUGCUGUCAAAGGACCACCAUUCAAAAACUCAGGAGGGGGCCUUCAUGUGGCUAAGAAAGGAGGAACUCUCGGAUUACCUUAGGCCUGCCUACCUGAAACAGGUGAACCGUUUUGUUUUUGACAUAUAAUGGAAUGGAAUUUUUCCCAAGACCUCAAAGAUACAAGAAUGGACAUCUGGUGCCCUACUUUUCAUUCUAACAAUACAGUUGUAAAAAU